GGCAAAGGGGGGGGGGCCGGGAAAGGGGGAGAUCCCGUGGCUGUGGGGAGAAGGGGGGCUUUUGAGCAGAGGGCAAUAGAAGAACCCCCUCAUUGAGGUUGGGGAGAGGUCUAAGUAGGGGGCCACUCUAGUUUUGGGAAGACCCAGAUAGGGAUUGUGUGUGUGUGUGACAUGUACCCCAGGGGGAGAGAUGCAAAGUAGAAAGGCGAGGGAGGGGCCCCACUUCCUUGCCAGAAACUGACAAAUUGCUUAAACUCCUAACCAAAAAAAAAGUUGAAUUGAUAAGUGUAGGAGGGAUAAAAUUGGGGUGUGUGUGUGUGUGUUUCCCAACCUAGAAAAUCUUCCAAAAUUUGGCAGUCCUGGAGCUUUGCGAGCUUUGAAGGCUCCUUCGGUGAAGACUGAGCGCCCUGUUUCCACUUGCUUCCGCUAAACUGAGUUUUAUUCCCCCGCUGCUGUCUCAGUUGUUUCCACAAAGGCUGUGCAAAGGAACAAGGACUUUUUAACAAAGCUGUGUACCAAAGCAUCGCUAUGACUUCCCCGGCUGGGAGCCGGCUUGCGGGAUGAUCCUUUGGACCAAACUCUUUGGCCACUGUGGGAUCAGAUGGUUCUUCCAGCCUCGAAGUCUCUGGUUCUCUCAGGUCGCUGAAGGCAGGAUGUUCCAAAACGUCCAGAAAGUGCUGAGCGUGGCAGAGAAGAACGACGCUGCGAAGGGGAUUGCCGACAUUCUUUCCAAUGGCAGGAUGAGGAGGAGGGAAGGGUUUUCCAAAUUCAACAAGAUCUACGAAUAUCAAUGUCACAUGUUUCGUGAGAAUGUCACGGUGGUGAUGACAUCCGUUUCGGGACAUCUCCUGGCUCACGAUUUCAAGAUGCCAUUUAAAAAAUGGCGUAGCUGCAACCCGCUUCUGCUCUUCGAGGCCGAAAUUGAGAAGUACUGCCCUGAUAACUACGUGGAUAUUAAGAGAACCCUGGAACGAGAGGUCCAGCACUGCCAAGCGCUGGUGAUCUGGACUGACUGCGACCGCGAAGGAGAGAACAUUGGCUACGAGAUCAUUCACGUCUGCAAAGCAGUGCAGCCGAACCUCCAGGUAUUCCGGGCCCGUUUCUCCGAGAUCACACCACGUGCCAUCAGGAACGCCUGGGAGAACCUGGGCCGGCCCGAUCCGAAUGUCAAUGAUGCGGUGGAAGUUCGGCAAGAACUAGACCUCAGAAUAGGUGCUUCCUUCACCCGAUUCCAGACUCUCAGGCUCCAGAAAAUGUUCCCUGGCGUUUUGGCAGAGCAGCUAAUCAGCUAUGGGAGUUGCCAGUUCCCCACGCUGGGGUUUGUGGUGGAAAGGUUUAAAGCCAUCCAAGCUUUUGUGCCUGAGAUCUUUUACAGGAUUAAAGUGACGCAUGAUUACGAAGAGGGUACCGUGGACUUCCACUGGAAGAGGAACCGCCUCUUCAACCAUACAGCCUGCCUUGUUCUCUACCAGAUUUGCAUGGAGGAUCCGGUGGCCACCGUGGUGGAGAUCGGGAGCAAGCCCAAAAGCAAAUGGAGGCCCUUGCCUCUGGACACCGUGGAACUUGAGAAGCUGGCUUCUCGUAAACUGAGAAUAAAUGCCAAAGAAACCAUGAGGAUUGCCGAGAAGCUGUACACUCAGGGGUACAUCAGCUACCCUCGAACGGAGACCAAUAUUUUCCCCAAAGGCAUGAACCUCCCCAGCUUGGUGCAGCUGCAGACCCAGGACCCCCAUUGGGGAACUUUUGCACAAAGGAUUCUCGACCAGGGGGGCCCAAACCCCCGGAACGGGACCAAAACCGACCAGGCCCACCCUCCCAUUCAUCCCACAAAAUACGCCGUCAACUUGCAGGGGGACGAGCAGCGACUGUACGAGUUCAUCGUGCGCCACUUCCUGGCUUGCUGCUCCCAGGAUGCCAAGGGGCAGGAAACAACGGUAGAGAUCGACAUCGCCAACGAACGCUUCGUCGCUCAUGGGCUGAUGAUCUUGGCCAGGAACUACCUGGAAGUCUAUCCGUACGAGAGGUGGAGCGAUAAGGUUCUCCCUGUGUACGAGAAGGGGUCUCGCUUUCAGCCCACCAGCGUGGAGAUGGUCGAUGGGGAGACUAGCCCGCCCCAGCUGCUCACGGAAGCUGAUCUCAUUUCCCUCAUGGAGAAACAUGGCAUCGGCACCGACGCCACUCACGCAGAGCACAUUGAGACCAUCAAGUCCCGCACGUAUGUGGGUCUCACGCCAGACCAGAGGUUUCUUCCGGGGCACCUGGGGAUGGGACUGGUGGAAGGCUACGAUUCCAUGGGAUAUGAGAUGUCCAAGCCGGACCUCCGGGCUGAGCUGGAAGCCGACUUGAAGCUCAUUUGCGAGGGCAAGAAGGACAAAUCGCGGGUGCUGAGAGAGCAGGUCCAGAAGUACAAGCAGAUCUUCAUCGCAGCCGUGGAGAAGGCAAACAAGCUGGACGAGGCGCUGUCUCAGUAUUUCGGGGAAGCGACCCACGCCGCCCAAGAAGAAAUGUACCCAGCUAUGCCGGACCCUGUCCGAAAAUGUCCCUUGUGCCGCAGUGACAUGGUCUUGAAGACCAAGAAGAAUGGCGGAUUUUACCUCAGCUGCACGGGUUACCCUACCUGUAAAUCUGCCGUGUGGUUUCCCGACUCCGUGUUGGAAGUGAGCAAGGACGAUUCUGUCUGCAACGUGUGCAGGCCACAUCCCGUACACAGGUUGAAACUGAAGUUCAAGAAAGGCAGCCUCCCCGCCCUGACUCCCCUGGAGUUUGUCGGCUGUAUCGGAGGCUGCGACGAGAUGCUGAGGGAGAUCCUGGAUCUGAGAUACCUCCAAGGCCCGGCCAGACCUCAGCCGCCAGCCGACCAACCGGCUGAUCCUUUGCAAACCGGAUACUCCCUCAACCGCCCGCCCGCCCGCCAGGACCACCAUGUCCAGCUGCCUGCGAAUGUGCCGACAGGCCCUCCAGCUCUCCCAGCUAGAGUGGCUCAAAAUCAGACCCGCCAGCCGGACGCCGACAACACCAUCGUGUGCAACUGUGGGAAACCGGCUGUGCUGCUGACCGUCCGGAAAGAUGGACCCAACCAAGGGAGACGCUUCUACAAAUGCAGCGCAGGCGACUGCGGCUUCUUCUUGUGGUCUGACCCAGAGGCGGACGGCGGGAGCAACCGAGCGCCUGGGGGCACGGUGGAAAGCGGCAGGGGGCGUUCCUGGAGUGAGGGCGCUUACUCUGGAGGUGGCGAUGACGGAGCAACCUGCAAGUGUGCGCAGCCUUCUGUCCUCCGGACGGUGCAGAAAGAGGGAGCCAACAAAGGCCGCCAGUUCCACACCUGCGCCAAGCCCCGUGAGCAACAGUGCGGGUUUUUCCAGUGGGCUGACGAAAACGAGGCACCAGCCGCUGCUUUUCCUUCAAGCCAUUCCAUGAGCACCGGCGCCAACCCCAAAAGGCCAAGCAGCGACUCUUCCAUAAGGCCCUCCAUAGCCAAGCGGCCGCGGACCUGUGGGAUUUGCCACCAAGCCGGCCACACGAGGAAGACGUGUCCACAGAAUCGCUGAAUGCCAUCAGCCCCCACGACACGAUGCCAAGAUGGACCGGCCACCAAAGCGGCAAGGAGGAGGAACCGUGCAGCACGAGAAGCUGGCAUGUGGCUGGGAUAUUUGCAGCCCACCCCCACAAGGGAAGAUAACGUGAAAUUCUUGCAAUGCACACUUGAAAAUAUAAGGGGAGGCGGACACUUGGAUGUUGUGUAUAUACCUCCGAGAAAGAGACUCUAAAAGUCCAACACUAAAUGCCACCCAUUAUAGUUCUGACCUGUUUUGCCUCGUUUUUCUGUAGGCCCUUCAAGGCUCCUCUCUGGAGUGGCCAGGGAAGCUCUAAGGAUAACGUUGCCUUGGAAAAAUUCAGGUUUUAAAAACUCUUGAAAAAUGUUGGCUAUAGAAUUCAGCAGUCCCCUUUUAUUCAACACAGGCAAUUAAAUCACUUCUGGCUGGACACAGACUCUUUUUCCUCCAGGUCAGACCAACCCGUUUGAACUGUUUUUAUCCAAGGAGUAUAUGCACUAUUUGCAAUACAGGUCAUCUUCUCCCAAACCGUGCUAUGCUGUUGCUCUUGGGCAAAUGCCCUUCUCCUUCCGGGCCCGAGGGGAAGAUUCUACCUGUUAAAAACCGGUUUGUCCUUUUUAUUAAACUAAUUUUUACAGAG